GACGUGGAGCUUCCACUCCGGAUUGCUGCUCUGCCCCGUAGAUCUAGGGGGGGCGGCUUUCGAUGCUGCAGGAAAGGAAAGGAGAAUCGGGAGCGAGGACAUAGAGGUAAAGGGGUCGGGGGGGGGGAGGAAGAGACGAGGACCCAGAGACCCCUCCAGCUCCCCCAAGCGCCUUCCGUGGGGCCUGGAUCCCGGCACGCGUGCUGCGAAGGGGGGCUUUCCUCGCAGGGCGGACCCCUCGCCCCGUUUCCCAGGCUCCGCGCGUCCCAUGAAAAGCUUAAGGGGCGCGAGAGACGCCUGGAUAGAGACCCCCCUGUCCCUCCCUUGCUCCUGUUAGGGGGGGCAUGCGGAUGGAGAGAUGGGGACGCAGGACGUGGGGUGAGUGGUGCCAAGGAAGCCUCUGGGUGCAGGGGAGACUCCGGGAGAAAGAGAGGGGUCAUGGAAGUGGGGGAGAAGGGAGGGGGGCAUCGCCGAGGCAGGGAAGCGCAGCAUUGGCCGGGUGGGUGGGGAGAUAGGAAGACCAGUCUUUGGGGAGACAUCUCCAUCAUGACGCCCACGAUGAAUCUCCGGAGGGGCCGCCUUGGCUUCUCCCUCCCGCCCAGCAAUCGACCCCCCCCCCUUCAAGGCGACCAGAGAGGGAUCCCUGGAAAGUGGGGGUCCUGUCCCCCCACGCCUUCCUUCCUGCAACCUCCAUCCUCCUUCCACCCCAUAAGCCCCUGCCCUGUCCAGACGCAGCCCUUCUGCCCAGUCCAACCAUUGGUCCCCUGGAGAGGAGAGGAAAUCCCGAGAGGAAGGGGGGAGGGGGGAGGCCUUCUCAGAAGCGGCUCUUGGUUUCCGCAAUCCCACCCAGGAAGCAGCCAGAAACCUUUUCCUCUCUCUCAGGCUUCCAUCUUUAUUGUCUUUUCCGCUGAGGAUGAGGAUAAUGUACACCUGUCAUCAGAAACAGGGGUGCAGAGUCCAUGGAAUGGCUCUCAGGGCUGAUAUAGAAGUUGCACCUCAAAAGGAUUUCUGAUCCUCUUAAACUUCGAAGGCAAUGUCAGAGUGACUGACAAGCUGAGAUACAAUCCUUCAUCAUCCGAUGACAGCGACUGCAUGAAUCUUCCCAGUCAAAGGACCCAUUUUCAUGAUAGACAGUGCCUGUGGCUGGAGGCUCUACACACCGGGUGUGCCUGUGCAGGCCAAAGACUGCCAGUAUUAGCACAGGUGAGGUGUGUGACAUCCCCAGAUUUACAGACUGUAUGUGAAUGAGCGUUCGUGGGUAGGAUUCUUUUUUACGGCAACCCUGUGAUUUUCUCCACCCAUAGCAUUUCGUCAGCUAAUAUUGCAGUAAAAAUUCCAAAAUAACUACAAAAAAUCACACGAUAAUAAUAAUAUUACAGUGGUACCUCAGGUUAAGAACUGAAUUCGUUCUGGAGGUCCGUUCUUAACCUGAAACUGUUCUUAAAAUGAGGUACCACUUUAGCUAAUGGGGCCUCCUGCUGCCGCCUCGUGAUUUCUGUUCUCGUCCUAAUGCAAAGUUCUUAACCCAAGGUACUAUUUCUGGGUUAGCAGAGUCUGUAACCUGAAGCACCUGUAACCCAAGGUACCACUGUAGAAGUUCUAGUAUUAGUAUUUUCCCCCAGCCGCUCUGGGCAGCUUACAGUACAUAUAGGUAAAGGGACCCCUGACCAUUAGAUCCAGUCGUGGCCGACUCUGGGGUUGCGGCGCUCAUCUCACUUCACUGGCCGAGGGAACCAGCGUACAGCUUCCGGGUCAUGUGACCAGCAUGACUAAGCUGCUUCUGGCAAACCAGAGCAGCGCACGGAAAUGCCGUUUACCUUCCCACCGGAGUAGUACCUAUUUAUCUACUUGCACUUUGAUGUGCUUUCGAACUGCUAGGUUGGCAGGAGCAGGGACUGAGCAAUGGGAGCUCACCCCGUCGCGGGGAUUCGAACCGCCAACCUUCUGAUCAGGAAGUCCUAGGCUCUAUGGUUUAACCCACAACGACACCAGCGUCCCUACAGUACAUAUACAAGACAGUAAAACAUCCAACAUUAAAAACCUCCUGAUACAGCUGUCUUCUAAAUGUCAGAUAGUUGCUUACCUCCUUGCCCUCGGAAGGGAGGGCAUUCCAUGGGGCAGGAGGCCCUCUGCCUGGUUCCCUGGAACUUCACUUCUAACAGCAAGGGAACCAGCAGAAGACCCUCGGAGGCGGACCUCCCUGUCCGGACUGAGCGAUGGGGGUGAAGAUGCUCCUUCAGGUCCACAGGGCCAAGGCUGUUGAGGGCUUUAGGUUGCAGAUCUUGCUCCUCCCAGUGGCGUAGCGUGGGUUGUCAGCACCCGGGGCAAGGCAAGUAAUUUGCGCCCCCUAACCCGUGGAUUUUCGCACUGCGAGUGCGAGCGCGCCCCCCCCAGAUGUUGCGGCUGGCCCCCCCUGUACCCCCCACGCUACGCCACUGGCUCCUCCAUAAUGAUCGAUGUAUAGUUAGCAGAGUAGGAAAACACACAGGGUCAGGAAAAAAGUAAUUCAGCUGAGAAAUUUAUUACUGAAUACAGUAAGCAUAACAGGAUCCAAAAAAUAGCAAAAAUGUAACUCACAGUAAAACCCUGACUUAGCAAACCAAAACAGCACUCAAGUAAGAAACAGACAAGCAGAGUACAGUAAUAUCAGAAUAGGAAGUGGGAGCGGGUGCAUUUCAAUACUGUAAUUUAUAUAUAGUUCAAGGUCAGAGUAACCCUGGGACUAGAUAACAAGCCUCCAGGUGGACGUGCCCCAUCUGCCCUUCACUUUCCUCUUCCGCACGGGCAGAAUCUGCCUUCUGGACUGUGGGAUUCACGGUUGUUCUCCUCCUCUCCAUCCACCAGGGCUUGACUUCAGGUGCAGCAGAAUUCCCCAGCCCCCCAAGGAUUUGA